AUGCACCUUUUCAUUGAAGUCAAUCGAAGAUGUCGCUACUAUCGACGACGUUCUGAUUGGUGGAUUGAGCUUUCUCCCAAAGUAUGUUGGACGUUUGGACGUGGAAAUCUGGUGAGAACGAUUCUGGAAAAUUCGAUCCAUCCAUGUCCACCACCACCGCCAUCAAUGAAUGUCAGUAGUGAUCUUCAAGUAGCGAGUGGACGCGCUGCUCAAAUUCUACGUCAAAUCAAACAAUCAUCAUCAUUCAAUUCCAGUCGCGAUCUUUCAGAAAAUCAGUUAUUAAUUCGUUGUGCAGUGACACCUUGGUAUAAAUAUGCGAUCGACUUUCAACCAAGUCUCUCUAGUCGAACAACUCGUUUUACUAUGAUUAAUCACCUAUCGAAACAUGUCGGUGGCUUGUAUAAACUAUACGACGGCGAAUUUCUUUAUGUUCCACGUCAAUUAUCCAAAGAAGUUUUUGUUUUCAAUAAUACAGCAUCUAAUAUUCCAAAUGAAGUACGUAUUCGAUUUGUGGAUACGAUAGACAUCGAACAAAUACCAGUUGAUCUGGUCAAUAUCUUAUUUCGAUUGGCGAUCGAUCAUGGUCGAGAAUCGAUUCUCAAUUCCACGAAUCGAACUGGUUACCGUCAAAAAGUUCGGUAUUGGAAUGGUAAAAUUGUAAAUAUUGAACAUAAGGAGAAUGGAUUAUUGUUAACGAUUGAUUUUGUUCAAAAGUCAACACACACAUGUUACGAAGAAUUAGAACGUUUUUAUAUGUCGACAUCGGGUGGAGAAUACGAAGAAUUGAUUCGUACAGAAUUAAUAAAUAAACUUGUACUCACAAGAUAUGACAAUCGAACACAAAGAAUCGAUAAUAUUGACUUCAAUUUAACACCAGCAACAUUUACAUUCAGUGAUGAAUCACAAUCGACGUUAAUCGACUAUUAUUCAAACAAAUUUGAUAUAACAAUCAAAGACCCUGAUCAACCAUUGAUCGUUUAUUGUCCUCGACGACCUGGCGAAAACGUGAAUACAGAAGUAAAUUAUCUUGUUCCAGAGUUGUGCUAUUUAACUGGUCUAUCUGAUCGAGCACAUCGAGAUGCUCGGGCACGAAAGACGCAUAGUUUCAUUCCGUUGGAUUCCAGUCGACGUCAAGCCGAGAUCUCGUUUUUCGACGAUAUGAUUCGACGCAAUGUUGCAACAGUCAAAUAUUUUGCUCUAUGGGGAAUCAAUGUUGUUUCCAAUAUUCUUCCGAAUCAGUCGACAAUUGAUAGUUUAAGUCAAAAAUUUCUUAAUAGAGAUUCAUCGGAUGAAAAUGAUGAAGAAAACGACGAGAAGGACAUUGUUGAUUACGAACCUUCCUACGCACAUUUUGUGAGUUCGAUCGAAUUGAAUUGUUGGAUGCUAGUUUAUCCUAAAGUCGAUGAAGAGCGAGCAUUAGUCUAUGUAAAUAUGCUGCGACAAGUUGGACAACAGCAAGGUAUGCUCAUUAAUCAACCAAUUCAUGUAACGAUGAACGAUGAUGAAACUGAGACGUAUGCAAAUGCUCUUCGUGCGAAUCUCAAUGAUCAAAUACAACUUGUAUCAGUGAUCGUGAAAUCACGUCGAAUCGAUCGCUAUAAUAUGAUCAAACGCAUAUGUUGUAUCGAAAUCCCAACACCGAGCGAAAUUGUUCUUCGAGGUACAAUAGCUGACGAUGACAUUCUCCCCGGUGUAGCAUUGAACAUUGCUCGAGACAUUAAUUUCAAACUCGGUGGACAAAUUCGUGCUGUAAAUAUCACCAUGCCAAAUGUUAUGGUCAUUGGUAUCGCUACUUGGACUUCAUUCAAUGUCAAUUAUAAAUCAUCCGAACAUCUUGAUUACGUUCUGUCGAUUGUUGGUUCAAUUAAUUACAAUAUGACGGAAUACUUCAGCCAUGCGAAAUCGUAUAAUAGUGAAAAUGAACUUCGAAAUGAUAUUGGACUUGUUGUUCAAUUAGCCAUCAAUGCUUAUUAUGAAGAGAAUAAAACUUAUCCAACAACGAUUAUUAUCGGACGAAAUGUUUAUACAACGUUCGAUGAUUUGAAUUUGAUAAAAGAAAACGAGAUUCAAUCGAUUAUUAACAUGAUUACUGAUGAGAAUAUCAUAGGACAAUAUAAACCACGAUUGAUCAUCUUUACAUUUAUGAAACAAAUGAUUUAUAAUUCCUACGAUUAUGUUCAACCAAAAAAGGUUCCAAAUGUCGAUUGUCUGAUUGCAAAAGAAUCACCAAGUUAUUGUUUUUAUUUAUCAUCUCAUCGUGAGCGGUCAACAACGCUGCAAGCUCGUCAAUUUCUUGUACUUUUUGAUAAUACCGAUUUAUCCGCACAGAAAGUUCAACGUUUGAUACUUUGUUUGACUGUGAACAUUCCACAACGAAAUCAUUUUUUUGUCCCAUCGAUUUGUCGAUUUGCUCAACGUCUUUCAUCGUUAGUUGGUGAAACUCUUGGUGCUUCACCUAAAUGUGAUCGUUACAAGAAUUUGUUCUAUCUCUAA